AUGUGGUAUGACGAACGGCUAGCUAAAAGUAAGCACUCAUUAAAUCCUGAAUUCACUAGGUGCUGUAUGAAAGGGAAGGUAGUCCUGCCAUUUCUAUCUAAACCACCCCUUCUUUUAUAUAAUCUGCUUCAUGGUAUAGAUCCCCGAUCGAAACACUUUAAGGAAAAUAUUAGGGCAUAUAAUAGUAUGUUUGCCUUCACUUCGAUUGGGGGGAAGGUGGAGGCAGCUGUCAACAAUGGAGGGGGGGCCCCCCAGUUUGUACUGAGUGGUCAAAAUUAUCACCGAAUAGGUACCCUAUUACCUCAAGUUGGUGAAACUCCAAAAUUCGCUCAACUAUAUAUAUACGACACUCAGAAUGAAAAUGCAAAUAGAAUGAAACCGUUUAAUUCAUUAAACACAGAUGGCAAAUUGGAUAUCUCUUUAGUUGAUGAAUUGAAGCAAAUGAUUGAUGAGUCUAAUGUUUUGGCAAAAUCAUUUCGCAAAGUGAGAGAUUAUAUCAGUUCUUCACAAAGUUCGUCGUUUUCUUUGAGACUUUUUCGCAAACGGGGUAAGGACCCUCGAACGUAUAACCUUCCCACUUCUGAUGAGAUAGCUGCACUUAUUGUGGGUGACUUUGACACAGUAGAAGUUGGCAGAGAUAUCAUUGUCAAAAAAGAGGGGGUUCUUACUAGGAUUCAUGAAACCCACACUUCGUUUAUCCCACUACAAUAUCCGUUGAUGUUUCCUUUUGGUGAAGAUGGUUGGCAAGAAGAUAUCCCAUUAUCUGGUAUUGCUGCAUCAACUAGCUCUCGAGUGAAACCUCGCGUAACAUUGAGGGAAUUCAUAUGCUUCCGAAUACAAGAGAGGAAUCAUGAGAAUGGGAAUAUUUUAUUAUGCAGAAGGCUUUUCCAACAGGGUGAAACUGACCCAAGUUCUUUGGGGACACGUAUUGUCUUACCGUCAUCAUUUGUUGGUGGGAAACGGUAUAUGUUUGAUUGUUGCCAAGACGCGAUGGCUAUAUGCAAGCGCUAUGGCUAUCCAGAUCUUUUCAUUACUAUGACAUGCAAUUCUGCAUGGAAAGAAAUUGAUAGGUUUGUUAGAAAAAGGAACCUACGAGCUGAUGAAAGACCUGAUGUCUGUUGUCGAGUGUUUAAAAUCAAGCUAGACCACUUAAUAUCAACAUUGCAAAGUGGUAUUAUUUUUGGUCCCUUACAAGCAGGGAUGUAUACGAUUGAAUUCCAGAAAAGGGGACUACCAUAUGCGCAUAUCUUGCUAUGGCUUUGCAAGGAGAACAAGUUAGUUACCACAUCUGACAUUGAUAAAUGCAUUUGCGCUGAGAUUCCUGACAAAAAGGUAUAUCCUAAAUUAAACAAAGUCGUCUCUACUUAUAUGCUGCAUGGGCCGUGCGGUCCAGGACAUGGUAAAUCUCCUUGCAUGGUUAAUGGUAAAUGUAGCAAAUUUUUUCCCAAAAAAUUCCAAGACACCACAUUAAUUGAUGAAGAUGGUUAUCCUGUAUAUAAAAGGAGAGACACAGGCAUUUAUCUUGACAAGAAAGGGAUUCGUAUGGACAACAGUUACGUUGUCCCUUAUAAUCCUCAACUUCUGAUGCUAUACAAUGGUCACAUCAAUGUAGAGUACUGCAACAAGUCAAAUGCGAUCAAAUACCUGUUCAAAUAUGUCAGCAAAGGCCCUGAUAGAGUAAAUGUUGAGAUUUCCAAUCAAAAUAAAGAUUCCACAGAUCCUGAGGUGAAAGACGAGAUUAAACAAUAUUAUGAUUGCAGAUAUUUGACUCCAUGUGAAGCUGUUUGGAGGACCUUCAAAUAUUACAUUCAUGUUAAGUGGCCUUCGGUUAAGAAAAUGACCUUCCACCUACCGAAUAAGCAAAGUGUAUGUUUCAGAGAUCAUGGCGAUUUGAACCACAUUGUUGAAAAAGCAUCUGAUAAAGACACUAUGUUUAUAGCCUGGAUGAAAGCCAAUUGUAUGUAUGAACAGGGUAAAGACAUAACAUAUGCAGAGUUCCCAUCGUACUUUGUUUACGAUGAUGACAACCAGACAUGGCAUCCAAGGAAAAAAGGGCAAUCUAUUGGAAGACUCCAAUAUAUCCCUCAUGGAGUUGGAGAACUUUACUACUUGAGAGUUCUACUAACUAUACAAAAAGGUUGCACAAGUUGGGAGAGCAUUCGAACCAUUGAUGGUGUCGUAUGUCCAUCUUUUCAAGACGCAUGUUAUGCAUUAGGAUUGUUAGCUAAUGACAAAGAAUUUAUAGAUGCAAUAAUCGAAGCAAAUGAUCUAGCAUCAGGUUUUCAGCUUCGUAAGUUCUUUGUAAUGUUGCUUACUACGAACACUACGAGCAAGCCUGAAUUUGUGUGGGACAAAACCUGGAGGAUUUUGUCCGACGGGAUAAUCUAUGAAAGGAGGAAAAAGCUACGCAUUCCAGAUCUCCAAGUAAAUGAUGAGGACCUGAGAAAUCUUUGUUUAAUAGAACUGGAGAAGCUGUUGAAUAUGAAUGGAAGGUCAUUAAAAGAUUAUUCAUGUUUACCCUUUCCUGAUUUACUUGAUGUCAGCCAGUAUGAGAACAAAUUAGUAGCUGAUGAGUUGAAUUAUGAUAGAGCUGAGAUGGCAAAUCUGCACGAUUCUUUACUCAAUUCAUUAACCGCAGAACAACAUCAAAUAUACAAUUCCGUAAUGGAUGCUGUUAAAGGUAGUGUUGGAGGACUGUUCUUUUUAUAUGGAUUCGGAGGUACUGGUAAAACGUAUCUGUGGAACACAUUAUCUGCUGCAGUAAGGGCACAAGGGUUGAUUGUAUUAAAUGUUGCUUCAAGUGGAAUUGCUUCAUUACUUCUACCUGGGGGAAGAACCGCGCAUUCUCGAUUUUCUAUUCCCAUUUCCAUAAAAGAGAGCUCAACUUGCAAUGUGGCGCAAGGUUCUUUAAAAGCAGAGCUAUUACAAAAAACAAGUUUGAUCAUAUGGGAUGAAGCACCAAUGCUUAACAGAUUUUGUUUUGAAGCCUUGGACAGGACUUUAAAUGACAUAAUGAAGUCGCAUCCAGGUGGUACUAAUGGCGGGCCUUUUGGUGGAAAAGUGGUUGUGUUAGGGGGAGACUUCAGGCAAAUAUUACCAGUUAUACAGAGAGGAAGUCGCUGUGAUAUAGUUAAUGCCACCAUUAAUUCGUCUUAUCUUUGGAAGAAGUGUUCUGUUCUUAAAUUGACCAAAAACAUGAGGCUGACAAGUUCUCAAUCCCUUAAUGCAAACCUGGAUAUUACAAAGUUCGCUGACUGGCUACUAGAUAUUGGUGAUGGAGAGGUGAACCCAAGUGCGGAUGGGGAAUCUAUCAUUCAGAUACCAGACGAUCUUCUUAUUCGUGACUCUGAUAAUCCAAUUCAAAGUUUGAUUGAUUUUUAUUACCCUGAUAUGCUGGAGAAUUUGAGUAGAAAAAAUUACAAGUUCUUUGAAGAACGUGCUAUUCUUGCCCCCACAUUAGAAAGUGUAGAAGCUAUCAACAAUGAGAUGCUGUCUAAAAUACCAGGAGAGGUUAGAGAAUAUUUGAGUUGUGAUUCUACUUGCAAGUCAGAUGAGGAUUCAGAGGUUGAAGCUGAGUGGUUCACAAGUGAGUUCUUGAAUAAUAUUCAAUGCUCCGGCAUACCAAAUCACAAAUUGACUUUGAAGGUGGGUGUCCCUAUCAUGUUGUUGCGCAACAUUGACCAAGCAGGUGGACUUUGCAAUGGCACCAGAAUGAUUGUUAAAGAAUUGGGAAAAAAUGUUAUUGUUGCAAAUGUUGUUUCUGGAAAGCAGUUAGGCGGGAAGGUGCUUAUAUCUAGAAUGGAUUUAGUUCCUUCGGACUCAGGUGUUCCCUUCAAAUUUGUCAGGCGUCAAUUUCCAAUCUGUUUAUGUUUUGCAAUGACGAUUAAUAAAAGCCAAGGCCAGACGCUAUCUCAUGUCGGUCUGUAUCUAUCCAAACCAGUUUUUACUCAUGGUCAAUUAUACGUGGCAUUAUCAAGGGUAAAGACAAGAAAAGGUUUGAAAAUUUUGAUCUUGGAUGAAGAAGGUUUAAUUUCUACUGUGACAAAAAAUGUGGUAUACAAGGAGGUUUUCAAUAACCUUUGA